AUGACUACCACUAGCGAUAAAGUAUUAAAAAUUCAAUUACGUUCAGAUAAUGCUACUGUGCCCACCAAGGGUUCUGCCACUGCCGCAGGAUACGAUAUUUACGCAUCUCAAGAUAUUACCAUUCCGGCCAUGGGCCAAGGUAUGGUUUCCACCGACAUAUCGUUCACUGUACCUGCCGGUACCUACGGUCGCAUUGCGCCAAGAUCAGGCCUAGCAGUGAAAAAUGGUAUUCAAACCGGUGCUGGUGUUGUCGACAGAGAUUACACUGGUGAAGUUAAAGUAGUCUUAUUUAAUCACUCACAGAGAGAUUUCGCCAUCAAAAAAGGUGAUCGCGUAGCCCAAUUAAUUCUCGAAAAAAUUGUCGACGACGCCCAGAUCAUUGUUGUGGACUCCCUAGAGGAAAGUGCAAGAGGGGCCGGCGGCUUUGGUAGCACUGGUAACUAG